AUGGAUGGGGCUUCGAAAGUCAUCGAGAAUGACAAUGUCAGCAUUUGUCCUGUGUGUGAUGAGUUUGUUGAUAAACUGCAACCAAUGGAAGUGCAUGUAAACGCACAUUUUAACGAGGAGAGCACUUCAGAUUUCGAGCCUCUUUCAAAAGAAAAAAUAAAUGAUGAGAUGCUGGCUAGAAUUUUGCAAGAGGAAGAAGAUUUGGAAUACGCUAGACAAAGUCAACAGGGCAAUGAUGAGUUUCAAAAACUGCAACAAACCUAUGGCAUGUGUUCUUCAUCAGAGAAUUCAGAGCAAUGCACUUCAUUGCAACCAAGCUACAAGUGUAGUUCCCAGAAGAAUGAAUUGUUCAGUUUUCAUCUUACCAGCGAAGAUAGCCAAGCGACAUGUACCACAGGUGUUUUAGAAAGUCUACAAAAGAAUCUCCAAGCAACAGGACCACAUCCAAGAUAUUCUUUUCAUUUCUGUUGUGCAACAGAUCAUUUUUCAAACAGCUAUUUUGAUCGCAGCUGGGGUUGUGGUUACAGAAACUUGCAGAUGUUACUUUCCGCAUUGAUUCGAUUGGAUGUGUAUAAAAAUACACUUGCCAAAAUUUGUCAAAAAGUUCCAUCAAUUCCAACCAUUCAGAUGUGGAUUGAAAAUGCAUGGCAUCAUGGAUUUGAUGUACAAGGUGCUGCACAACUUGGUCACAAACUAUUGAAGACAAAGAAAUGGAUAGGAGCAACGGAAAUUGCUGUUUUCUUGAGGUUCAUUGGCAUAAAAUCAAUUAUCGUUGAUUUUCACCGUGCGACGGAAUCUGACGGAACACAUCCGUUGAUGUACGACUGGUUCAAAGAAUACUUCUCUGGAAGUUCGCAUCAGACUCCUGUUUACAUACAGCAUCAAGGUAAAUGUGAUAGAACUGCGUAA